AUAACAAAAACUCUUUAUUCCAGUCACGAAAUAACAUCAACGCUACAAAACUCCCGCGUGCUAGUGAUAGUGGGAGCGGCCGGUUGCGGGAAAUCGACGCGUGCGCCGGCGGCCAUCUUGAAAAGUUGCGGCGCUAAUAUGGCGGCGAUAGUCUCGGAGCCAAGGAGAGUGGCCGCUAUAGGACUGGCGCAGAGGGUUGCCAGUGAAUUGGGGGAAGAAGUUGGAGAAUCUAUCGGGUACCAAGUAAGACUCCACUCCAAACCACCCAGGCCUCCCGGAGGGUCCAUACUUUACUGCACAUCAGGAGUACUUCUCAGGAGACUUCAGACGAAUCCAGGUCUACAAGGAUGCACGCACGUGAUCAUAGACGAAGCGCACGAGCGUGACGUCAACACUGACAUAACGUUACUACUGCUAAAGAAGGCGCUAAAUGUCAACCCUGACUUGAAAGUUGUCAUUAUGAGCGCUACGCUGGAUACAGAAGUUUUUAUCAAGUAUUUCGAUUCAUGUCCAGUCAUCGAAGUGCCAGGCCGAACGUAUCCAGUUGAAGUGUCCCAUCUAGAAGACAUACAGAAGAAGUUCGGAUUGAAUCUACGGGUCACAGAAGAGAACAGCAAGAAAGUGGACGGGAAACCUUAUGUUAACUGUCAAGAGCUAGUAGAAGUAAUAAAAGCAGUGGACAGCAAUGAGCCAGAAGGAGCUAUACUAGUAUUUCUCCCGGGUUGGGUCGAGAUCAAAACUACCAAAAAAUUAUUAGACGAAAAGUACGGGAAUUCUACUACGCACAUGAUUUUGCCUGUUCAUUCUAGGCUAUCAACCGCAGACCAAACCAAAAUGUUCGCACGACCAUCGCCCGGUAUCCGCAAAAUAGUCCUUUCUACAAAUAUAGCUGAAACCUCUAUCACUAUACCAGAUGUGGUGUACGUUAUAGACUCGGGAGCACAUAAGGAAAACAGAAUUAAAGAGGGAACAGGCACUGCCAGCUUAGAAACAGUGUGGGUUUCCCAGGCAGCUGCUAAACAAAGGACGGGCCGCGCGGGCAGAGUGCAACCAGGCCACUGCUACAGACUGUACACCAAAGACAAGGAAUCCGAUUUCGCUCCACACACCACGCCAGAGAUUCUCAGAAUACCGCUAGAACAAACCGUAUUGGAUUGUAAGACUUAUGCUCCAGAAGAUAAGGUCGCGGAUUUCUUGUCGCAACUGCCCGAGCCGCCUGGAGAGAAAGCUAUCAAGUUUGCCGUUAAUGACUUGAUUGAUUUGGGCGCCCUAACCAAAACAGAACAGCUAACCAAACUGGGCAGCAUAAUAUCCACAAUGACGCUACACCCGCGGCUGGCUACCGGCCUGCUGCAAGCGGCCGCGAGUGGAAGCGUGCUGGCGUUCGCUAAUAUUGCCACGCACUGCUCCGACAAUGUGGAGGUGUUUAGAGACGCGGCUGAUAGGAGAGAUGAAAUCCGUGAAAUCAAAUCAAAAUUCAGCGCUACGUCAGAUCACAGCGCGUUGCACUGGAUACAAUACGACUUCGAGAAUACUGUUAAUGAACUCGGUUGGAAAGAAGCUGAUGUUUGGUGCGAGAAACAUGGAUUGAGGAGAGACAGGCUCAAUUAUGUUAAAUCACUGUCCAAUCUCCACCUAGAACAGCUCCUCAAGUCCGGCUUCAUAGAACCGAAUCCGGACACCGAAGAGCUGACCCGGUUCUCGGACGUCGAAGAGCUGUCCACUGCCAUGCUACUGUCCGGAGCGGACGCUCUGCUCACCACUAAAAGGCAUGUGAAGACUAAAGGGAAACUGGCUACAGUUACUGAACUUUUUACUAGCAAAGGCGACCGCGCGCACAUAGGCAGUGAAAGCGUCAACUACGGUAUCCACAAGCGGACCAACAAUCAGUCCUUGUUGUGCUUCUUCGGCGGGCAACAUUCUUCUGAGCGACGGGCACUAGUUGUGUACAAGGCAUCGCGAGUGCCGCCUCAUACCGUGGUACUGUUUGGUGGGGGAGAAAUAGAUGAAGAAAUUAAGGUUAGUAAAGGUAAUACCUUUUAUCAUAUUGCAAAAAAGCCAUAGCAAACUGACUCAAACUGGCCUUUCUCGAAUCUCGAGAAAGCAUUUUUCGAAUUUCGAGAUUCGAGAAACGCUAGUUCAAACUCCGUCGAACCUACUCUUCGUUUAUUUCCACCAAAUGACUGCCCUAAGGUA